AUGGCGGGUUGGCUCCUCCUGGGCUUGAUUUUGCCCGCAGUGGCGCAGGUGAAUCGCUCAAGCCACUUCCUGGGAAAGCAGGCGGUGGGCGUGAGCUCGCAGGGCGUCCGCUGCGGCGGGUUGGAUCUGCCGGAGAAUGCGGGGUGCAAGCAGGUCGUGGAGUGGGCGGCUGGUGGCGGCAAAUGGGACACUUCAGCAGCAGGCUGGUACCGCAACAUGCCAGCAAUCGCGGGUGUGGACCACGAGCAGGGAACCGCAGCGGACUUCCAGCGGCUGUACUUCUGCUCGCCACCCGGCGACUCUUUCUGCGGUCUCCCACCCUGCACAGGGUGCAGCAAACCUCCCUGCAACGACUGCUUUGCGGGCAACCAGCUCUACGCCAGCCGCCGCCCCGGUUGCGAUGGCAACAACGAAGGCGUUGGGUGCGUCCCGCCGAAGUCAGCCAUGGGUUACAAGGGCCAACACUGGCCGACCACCGUAAUCUAUGGCACGCAGGAAAUGCACAUCUUUGCCAUUGGUGACUGGGGCGGCAUGGACGGCUCGCUGGAUCCGCCAGAGGGCCGAAAGACCAUUGUCGCCUACGACUGGGGCCGUCGACCUGGGCCCAGCGUGUUUCCCAGGAGCCGGUGGAACAAGAAGCACACUGUGCAGUUCUGUGACCACAAGCAGCUUGUGGAGUGCUUCAACACCCGAGGCCAACCUCCUUGCACGCCAGAGUGCGGCUAUGUGGCAGGAGUGGAUGACCAGCCGCAACUGCUGGUGGCCAACGCCUUCAAAGCUCGUGCUGCGCUCAAGGACCCCCAGUAUGUCCUCAACGUCGGAGAUAAUUUCUACUGGGGUGGGAUCGAGAAGACAUGUGGUACCCCCAUGGACCAGAUCUCAUACUCCACCAAGCACCAGUUCGACCAAAUCUUCGAAGGUGUUUACCAGGGGGCCGGGCUCAGCAACAAGCCCUGGUUCAGCGUGCUGGGAAACCACGACUGGGGAGGCUUCAAGUUCGACAAUGGCUGGGAUCAGCAGAUUUCCUACACCUGGGCCAGCAACCGCUGGGUCAUGCCAGCACCAUACUACAAGACAUCCGUUGUCUACGCGGACCUUGGCUUCGAUGUGGACUACUUCUUCCUGGAUUCCAACUUUGUCGACGCCAUGCCACCAGAGGAGGACCCUAACCACAACAUGUGCAGCCGCAAGAACAACAAGCCCUCUGCUAGUUGCGCUGCGGCAGAUGGGCCUGAGUCGGUGGACAGCUGCCCUGGAUGGUUCGCAUCGUUGUGGGAGCUUUGGCUUCCAGACGACUUCGCCAAGAACCACAUGGGCGUCACUUGCAUCGUGACCGGUGGUGGCGGCGGAAUCACCUCUGAGGCCACGCCCAACCCGGAGGAGACGGAGGAUUGGUAUGGUGAGGCGCAGUAUGGCUUCUACGACCUCACCAUUAGCAAGUCGGAGAUUUUCAUCGAGUCCAUCAACUACGAUGGCGAG